AUGGCAUCCGAUCUCUGCCCCGUUUACUCGCCCUUCUUCGGCGCAAUGGGCUGCAUGGCCUCCAUCGCCCUGACAUCUUUCGGUGCGUCUUACGGCACGGCAAAAUCCGGUGUUGGGGUGAUGGCUGCUGGAAUCCUAAGACCAGACCACGUCGAACUGUUGAACGAUUUUCUAACGGAUGAGGAUCUCUACGUAUAUACAGGCCUCAUGCCCAUCCUGAUGGCCGGUAUUGUCGCGAUUUACGGCCUGGUUAUCUCCAUCCUCAUCUCUUACGGCAUCUCGACGCGACCGACGCAUCUGGUGACGAGUUUCACGCAGCUGGGUGCUGGGUUGGCCGUGGGCCUGGCGGGUCUUGCUUCGGGUUUCAGCAUUGGGAUCGUAGGCGAUGCGGGUGUGAGAGCCACGGCGCAGCAGCCCAGACUGUUUGUGGCAAUGAUGCUGAUUCUGAUCUUUGCGGAGGUAUUGGGGCUAUAUGGGAUGAUCGUUGCGAUGUUGUUGUUGGCCCGGGGAAGUGGUGAGGCGGUUUGUUGA